UGUCAGGACUGGUAUUCACGCAUCAGGCUGGAGGUCAGAUCAGCAACAUUAAUGAUUUAAUCUGCUUUAAUUGAGAUUAAUCAUGGUGUUCCUGACAUUAGCGUGCUGGAUCAGAAACAGAGGACCUGAUCGCUACUGGAAAGUACAGGAGCUGUUAAAACAUGCGCGGCACUUUCGUGGGAGGAAGAAUCGCUGUUACAGUUUGGCGGUGCGCGCAGUUCGCAGAGCUUUCGUUUACGCAUCUAAGGCGAGGAAAGCCAAGCGGCGCAACAUGAGGACGUUGUGGAUCUCUCGUAUAGCUGCGGCCUCCCGGGAGCACGGCAUGAAAUAUCCAGUCCUCAUGUACAACCUGGUACAGUGCAGCGUGCAGUUGAAUCGGCGGGUGCUGAGUGACCUGGCCAUCACAGAACCGUGUUCCUUCCAGUCGUUGGUAUCGCUGGCGAAAGCUCGGCAGCAGGAGGGGCUGCGGGCGGCGCUGGGCGACGGAAAGGAACCGCCCGGUGUGUUCUCACGCAUCACGCAGCUGAAGUGAGGGCGGCCAAUCACAGCGCAGCUUAGACUGAGACUCGGAUGGAGACCUGGUGCACCGAGAUGUUCAGAGUGUGUGUGGAUGAAACGGAGAACUCUGACUUACGUUUGUAAAUCUGUGUGACGUUCAGCCCAGGACUGGAUUGGAGAAACGUCUGUGAGAGGAAACGUCUGUGAGAGGAAACGUCUUCAGUGUUAUUGUGUGUAAAUAAGAGCAGAACGUGUGCAGUGCUGAUGUGCUGCUGUAAUGAACCUGUUAAUAAAAUCAGUUUUUCCUACAAA